AUGACGUGGGAGCCCCCUGGGGGCCCGCCCACCCGUCCCCCACUCCGCUCCCCCGCGCCGCACGAUCGCUGCCGGUGGAGAAACCGCUCCACAUACGAGCGAAAACGCAUCGCGCCCGCCAAGGCGAACCGCCCGGCCUGGGGGCGUAGCUGGGGCAACGGGACGAUCCCACACUUUGCGUGCCGCACACGCACAUUGGCCCGAAAGCGCCGGGAACGCGCGCCGGGCGGCCGCUGCCAGCUAGCGGAGCGGCGUCAGUCGAUACUGCAAUAUCGAGAUCAUUACCCGCAUCGCCCCGGGGCCGGCUGCGCGCUGCUCGAUGCGAUGCACCGGCCGGGAGCGGGGCGGGGGCGGGGGCGGGGGUGGGGCGGGGGCGGGGACGGGACUUGCCACCGCGGGCUCGAUGCGUUACUAUUCCAGAUGAGCACGGGAGCGGUGGGCGCCGGAGGCGCGUGCGUAGGGGGGGGGGGUCGGUGGGGAAAGGGGUUUGGGAAAGGCAGGAAGAACGGUGGAGGAAUGGGACAAAGAGGGAGGACGACGAGGGUGGGAGCGUUGGCGCUGGGAAUGGUGGGUUUGAUGAGGAAAGAACAACACAUACUGAAAUUCUACGAACUAAUAACUGACGAGCCAAAUCGAUCUUUGCAUCAUGUUUAUUACGUCCGGCGAUCGGGAAGAGCGCAUCCCGCGCGCCAACGCAUUCUGGCGGGCAGGGCGCGCACCCUGUGCGUCGGCACGCGCCGCGCCUGCGCCGCCGCCGCUUCCGGUCGAGAGACCUCGCGAUCGAUCCCUCGCGCGGCACUUGUUCGUGACGUCGGCGGUCGUGGCUGUGGGCAGUGGCAGGAGAAGAAGUUGAAGAAGGAACAGCAGACGAAGGAAGAGAAGGAGAAGGAAAUAGAGGACAAACAAGUAGAGUGGAGGAGAAGUAGAAGUAGAACAGAAGAGGAGAAGGAGACGACGAAAUUGGAAUAA